GAGCGGCGGCCGGUCGAUGGCGGAGGGUCCGGCCGGGCCGUGACCGGGCGGUUUGCCGGCGGCGGCGGCGGUUGGAAGAUGCCUCAGAGGGACGAGGCCGGGGCCGGGGCCCUCCGGUGGCGGGAGAGCGGCGGCGGCGGUGGUGGCGGCGGCGGCGGCCUGAGGGAACCGGCGGUGUAGGCGGCUGCGGGUGAGGGCCGGACCCUUCCCCGCGCGCGACCCUUCCGCUUUCAGAUUCCAGAGCCACCAUGGGUGCAUUCUUGGACAAGCCCAAGACGGAGAAGCACAAUGCCCACGGCGCCGGCAACGGCCUGCGCUAUGGGCUGAGCAGCAUGCAGGGCUGGCGGGUGGAGAUGGAGGACGCUCACACGGCCGUGGUGGGCAUCCCCCACGGCUUGGACCACUGGUCGUUCUUCGCCGUCUAUGACGGCCACGCCGGCUCCCGGGUGGCCAACUACUGCUCGGCCCACCUGCUGGAGCACAUCACGGACAAUGCGGACUUCCGGGCGGCCGAGAAGCCGGGCUCGGCCCUGGAGCCGUCCGUGGAGAAUGUCAAGAGCGGCAUCCGGACUGGCUUUUUGAAGAUCGACGAGUACAUGCGCAACUUUGCCGACCUGCGGAACGGGAUGGACCGGAGCGGCUCCACGGCCGUGGCCGUCCUCAUCUCCCCCGAGCAUGUCUACUUCAUCAACUGUGGCGACUCGCGGGCCGUCCUGGUGCGGAGCGGGCGGGUCUGCUUCUCCACCCAGGACCACAAGCCCUGCAACCCGCGGGAGAAGGAGCGGAUCCAGAACGCGGGGGGGAGCGUCAUGAUCCAGCGCGUGAACGGCUCGCUGGCCGUGUCGCGGGCCCUGGGGGACUACGACUACAAGUGUGUGGAUGGCAAGGGCCCCACGGAGCAGCUGGUGUCCCCCGAGCCCGAGGUGUGCGAGGUCCCGCGGGCCGAGGAGGACGAGUUCGUCGUCCUGGCCUGCGACGGCAUCUGGGACGUCAUGAGCAACGAGGAGCUCUGCGAGUUUGUCAGGUCUCGGCUCCAAGUGACGGACGACCUGGAGAAGGUGUGCGACUGGGUGGUGGACACUUGUUUACAUAAGGGAAGUCGGGAUAACAUGAGCAUUGUACUAGUUUGUUUUUCCAAUGCCCCUAAGGUCUCGGAGGAGGCAGUGAAAAAAGAUGUGGAGUUGGAUAAGCAUUUGGAAUUACGGGUUGAAGAAAUUAUGGAGAAGUCCGGGGAGGAAGGAAUGCCUGAUCUCGCUCAUGUGAUGCGCAUCUUGUCUGCCGAAAAUAUCCCCAAUUUACCACCAGGGGGCGGUCUUCCUGGCAAGCGCAAUGUUAUUGAAGCUGUUUAUAAUCGACUGAAUCCGCACAGAGAGAAUGACGGGGGUCCCGAAGAAGCGGCACGAGGUGGAGCCCAGGGGAAAAUGGUGGAAGCGCUGAGGCAGAUGAGAAUUACCCACCGGGGCAACUACCGCCAGCUCCUGGAGGAGAUGCUGGCGAGCUUCCGGCUGGCCAGAGGUCAGGGCGCCGAAAGCCCGGCCCCGCCAGCAGCUGCGGUGGCCCCUACCCCCGCUGAUGGGGGCGCCCACCCUGGGCCCGAGACCCCUGGCCAGGAUUCGGGCUCCAGGGAGGAUGAAGGCAGCCCGUGAUGCGCCCCCGCUCGUCACCGCCCCCCACCUCCUCGCCUCUCCCCGGGGUCUUGGGGUGCUCGGCUCUGACGGGCGGGGCUUGGAGAGCGGCCGAUGAGGGUAUCAGUACACUGGGGGGUGGGAGGAGGCUCCAGGGGAGUCCUUCCCCUUCAUCCCCGAGAGCCGGAGACGGUCCCCUUGGCCAGCUGAGAUUUUCCCAGGAGCGGACGCUUCUCUCCCGGCGUGGGCGGGCCGAUGCGUCAUCGGGCCGCGGUUCCUCUUCCUCUGGUCGGAUGAGCCCCUCCCUCGCCGCACGCAGUCAGGCACCCAGUGCUGGGGUGGGGGGGCACGUUCUCCCCUUGACCCUCUGAGGACCCUCGGCGGUCCUGGCUACCGGGAGCAGGCUCUGGUCUCCACCCAGCAGGCCGUUGGGCCCAUGUUGCAUGCGGUUGCUCGAUGGAGUAUAUAGAUUUUCAGUGACCAUAGUUUUAUUUUUAGAACUUGUUUGACCAUUCCUUCCUUCCUGGAUCUGUGGUUUUGUGUUUUUUUUUUCUUUAGAUUUUCCCUGUGUUCUCUGAAUUUUUAAGAGGUUUUUGCAAAAUGUAUAAUACUUCUGUGGUUUGCAGUUUAUUGGUAACCUCAAAUGUUUAUAACACUAGUGCUUAGAGUGAAACGUUCAAAGCUUGUGUUUAAGACUAAAUAAAGCGUGUGAUGUGGAAUAAUUUACGUAUAGUGUACU